AUGUCGAAGAUAUACAAGUUGGGAAGGGAGACAAUCACAGACUUAUAUUGCGGAGAGACAAAGUCGUUUGAGCAGAUGGUGGAGGAGGUUGAGCUGAGGAUAACAGAGUACUCUAAGGAGAAGCUAGAGUUUGAUCUUAUUAAUGUCGACUGCUCCUUUGCCAAUGCACUUCGACGCAUACUCUGCAACGAUGUUCCGACUAUGGCCAUCAAGGAUGUCUUUCUGAAGGAAAACGAGAGUGUAUUUCCGGAUGAAUUCAUAGCACAUAGACUAGGGCUAAUUCCACUGGAAGUGGAUCCCGAGAUGUUUGAGUUUGUGGAGGGGGAGAUGAACGAGAGGAACUCCCUCAAGUUUUCUCUUGAUGUUAAGAAUGAAAAUAAGGAUGUUCUGAAUGUGUACUCUGAUGAUAUCAAAUGGAUUCCAUUAGGAAAUCAGAGGGAAAUGAUAAAGAAUGCCAAGUUCAGCAGCAGAGUACUCAUGUUCAAGCUAGCCCAUGGGCAGAAAAUAAGUGCCGAGGUUGUCUGCACCAAGAAUACAGGAAAAACACAUGCAAAAUGGAGUCCUGUAUGCCCUGCAACGUACAGACUUCUCCCGCUGAUUGAGAUAGGAGACUUCUUUGAUGAGGAUGCCUUUAGGAUUCAAAAAUGCUUUUCAGAAGGAGUCAUAGAAGUAAAGCAAAGCGAUGGGAGAAUGAAGGCUUAUGUAAGUAAUCCCCGUCUGGACACCAUGAGCAGGGAAGCACUCAGGCAUGAGGAGUUUAAGGACAAGGUAUUCAUUGGAAGAAAGUCGGACCAUUUUCUUUUUACAAUCAACAGCGUAUUUCUGGAUCCCCUGUACCUGUUAAGGAAGGCGGUUUCCAUACUUAUAGAAAAGAGUAGAACUCUGAAAGAGGAAGUGGGUUAUCUUCUGGAGCAAUAA